UCCUCCACUUCUCUUUGCGUUUUCCGGAAGCGACAGGGACUGUCAGCCCUGUCAUCGUCAUCUGUUGCGACCGUGUCGUGUGACACGGCCGGUGGAGAGGUACGCGAAUAACGGUUUGACACAUCGCGUUAUUCGAUGAUCGUCUAGACCGCGAUUCCGAUUCGGAAUAUCUAGAUCGCGAGGAUGUCGCGCAUGAGAGCGGAGAAGAACGGGAACGGGGGCAAGUGCGAGGUUAGCGUAUGGACACGUGCGAUUACGGCGAACUCGGAAUGGCCGGACAAGGAGGAAUUUCUCGAUGUUAUAUAUUGGGCGAGGCAGGCGAUCGGUAUUAUUGUCGGUGUAGGAUGGGGCCUUAUACCUCUGAAAGGUUUUAUAGCUCUAUUGUUAUUCGUAAUAGUCAAUGCGGGAAUUACAUAUUUAUACUUUAGCAGUUUUCAACAAAUAGACGAAGAAGAAUUUGGUGGUAUAUGGGAAUUGACAAAGGAAGGCUUUAUGACUUCGUUUGCUGGCUUCCUGGUGACUUGGAUUAUUAUAUACUCUGGAUUACAUUUUGACUGAUUUAUAUUGUAAACUGUGGAUACACAAGGAGCAAUAGCUUUUCAUAUAGAUCAUUGCCGCUGCCAAAUUCAAUGCAAUAGUCAUUUCCUCGCAAUAGGUAUCGUUACAUAUUGAAUUCUUGCAUACUGUUACAUAUUGUUACAUACAAGUAUGAUAUAUUUGCCUGUAUAAAGAUCUUCUUACCUUCUCAAA